CACGAUCGUUGAGACCUAAUGUGAUGAUCUGAGACGUCUAGCAUCGAAACUACCAUAAGAGUCUAGCCAACUCCAGAUUUUCAACGAUGACUGACUCAAAUGACCGUCAGGAGCUUCUUGAUUUGAUCGAAUUCUUGAAUAGCCCACGUCGUGAGGUACAAAAGGCGGCCAUUGGUCUUGUAGAGGGGCUGGCAGGUUCAUUGGAGGGCAUCGAAAAGCUCCUAAUGGAGUCAGACAAAUUGCUGCCAGCUCUACUCAGGCUUAUUGGAGCUGACAAGGACCUGUCCAAAGGAGCUCUUACGAGCCUCAUUAAUCUCUCACAGAAAGAGGAGGCGGUUGCCGCGCUGGUGAAGUUGAAAGUGGUGGGGCGCAUUAUGGACUACUUGAGGGAGGACAACAACGAGAACGUGGGCCUGCUGAUCAUGCUCCUGGCCAAUGUGACCACAUCUGACAGCGGCUGCCUGCGCCUUCUCCAGCUGGACAGCACUUCCCUGGCUGGCUUCAAUGUGGCGGUGCUGCUAAAGAGGUUCCUGGACAGCGCUGGGCGGCAGCCGGACGCCCACGAGCACACAGCGCUGGUGCUGACCAACAUAACGCGCCUGCAGCAGGGGCGCCAGCUGCUGCUGGAACCUGGCAGGGGCACGCUGCAGGCGCUGGUGUCCCAACUGGACAGCCCCAGCCAGAUGCGCAGGUCUGGCUGCGCCAACGCCAUCCGCAACUGCUGCUUCUGUGCAGAGGAGGAUAAGACGCUUGGGGACCUGCUUGCAGACAGGGCGUCCUUGGAGAAUUUACUAGAUCUACUGUGCGGGGUCACACGCAAAAAAGAGGGCGAUGCUGCAGUGAGGAACAGCCUGGCAGAGUCCGUUGAGAUGCUGGUUAGCACAGAGCAAGGGGGUCAGGUGCUCUGGGACCUGAAAGCUCCAGAAAUGCUACGUAAAGGGUAUGAGAUGGAAGAAGAUCCUGAAGUGUGUGCAUCCAUGGAGAGGAUUGCUCAACUAUUUCUCUCUGACAGUGGAGCAACGGAAGAUACAGGAAUUGACCAGGAUGUUACAAUUGAGGAGCUGUGAGCUGUGUCAAUAGUAGAUGAUCAUGAGCAGAGAGACCAUGAAGUAUGUCGUAAGUGCCAGAUGAAGGACUUAAUGAGUUUACAUAUGGCUGAAGAGAUCAUUGACCAACCCCCAACGCAUGCAACUGGAAUAUCUAAACAAUGUACACAGGGAACGCGUUGCAGAACCUUUGAAUAUAUGUGCACC